UAACCGUUAACGUGUUGUUGUAGCUAGCUAGAGUAAUUAUUUCACGAGCUGCAGUUGGAAACAGUGAAAACAGCUAAUGUUAGCAGUUAAUUGGCUAAAGUGGAGGUGCUAAGCUAACGGUCCCAUUUGUUUCUGAAAUCUCAACGGUGUUUGUGCAGUUUCUGCGCCUUUUAUUUAUUUAUUUUACCGAGGUCAGUUAAGACCAAUAUACCACUUCACCGAAGCCCAAAAAGCUCUGCUGCAGACAGUUUCCAAAUCAGUAACUUUUAAGCUAGGUUUUACCUUCAAUUUCAUUUUAGCGCCUUCAAUUGAUUAACAAAUCCAAGUACGCAGUAAUAAAACGAUACGUUAAAACCAGGCAAAUGAGCUGGAACAGUGAAUAAAAUGACAUGCAGGAGCGUUAAAUCAGUUAAACCCAAGCUUAAAGAGUGCAUUUUAUUUAGUUUAGGAUUAAAAGAGAAUAUUGUAUCACAAUCAGCAAAUGCCCAAUCAUCCUUGGUUGACUGUGCAUGUUUGGAUCUUAAACAUGGACAGCAGCAGAGAGAAGGUGACAUUCAGGUGGAAACGAACUGCAGUCACCUCACCCACACCUCUUCAGAGGAGAGAUGCUGGCUCAUACACACCCUCACGCUGGAAUAUGUCUCCUGAUGGAGAUUCAAAGACUUUACCCCUCAGUGACUCCCCGGGAUCCGAGGGCCUUCGAGAACUAAGUCUGGACACUCCCAAGAGAAAAGCAGAGGAGCUGGGUGAAAACACACCCUCGUUGGGCAAAGUUAAACUGAGGAAGCUUUCCAAGAGAAAUUAUGAGACAAUCACAAUGUCAAAGGAAAAAUCUAUGGGCAGCUCAUUCAAGCAGCUGGAUGAACCCACAGAGAACCAGGAUGUAUCCCCACCUCCAUCUCACUCAUUCAUCCUGAAAAAGAAAGAGAGGACACCUGAGGAGGGAUCAAAGGCUAUCUACAGGAUGGCAGUGAUUGCUGCCCUUGGUGGCACAAAUGCAAGACGCAGCUCUCCUAACAUCCCCAGGACUGACGCUGACAACCUGUCUUUGCCUCUUGUAUCUUCCCCUGACAAGACUGAUGUACCCAGUCCAGUGUCACUUGACAGAACUGUCAUAAAUAUUGAUAAAUCCAAUAUGAAUAAAUCUAAAGACAACAGUACCGUUCAGGAAGAUCAGUGGUCCCCCCCUCGGGUGUUUGAAGACCUAGAAGCGCAGGGUGACAACUCUGAGCCAAAAGCAGACAGAAGGAGUGUUGUGCUAACAGGACCCAAGAAUUUAGUUGCUCAAGACUCUUCUCAGGACAAGUUACUUGAUACAGUAAAUGAACCAGAAGCUGAGGACUGUGACUCAUCCCUCCCCACUCUGGAAUAUAUCCCAGAAUCUUUGCCUUGUUUUACAAUUUAUCAGAAAGGCUUUUCUGACAGCCAGCAUCAGCAGUGUCCAUCAGUGAAUCCCCAGGGAGUUACUAAUGAAACCACUGCUCUCAUAGUUGCUCCUGCUGAGGACGAGGAGCUUUUCUCACCGCCACAGAGGACAGUUUUCAUCUCAUCCAAGCAGCCACCAAACACCAGCCCCUCAAAGGCUUCAAGAGCUGAGACAAAUAAUUUUCGCUCCUCCAACACAAAGGCCUGUUUAUCGGAUCCCUUUGCUCUGCCACUACUCUCAAAUAGGGGAGUAUCGAAACCAUACUUGAAAUCAACAACGACACGCAGGCAGUCAGAUGCUGGCUCCAACAUACAUUACCCCCCCUACUCUUUUACUCAUGGUGGCACUCCUAAGAGAAGAUUUUCCCUGGGGGCAGAACCUGUAUGGACCAGUUACCCCUAUCUGGACAAUCAAGUUGGUUUCAUAGACACACACUGCCAUAUAGACAUGCUCUAUGGGAAACUUGGCUUCCGUGGAACAUUCAGCAGUUUUCGACGGCUUUACCAGAGCAGCUUUCCAUCUGAGUUUCAAGGGUGUAUCGCCGACUUCUGCAACCCAGGGAUCAUGGUGAAGGAGGGCCUGUGGGAAGGUUUGCUCACUGAGGAUUUGGUCUGGGGGGCAUUUGGGUGCCACCCCCACUUUGCCAAAGAGUACUCGAGUGUCCAAGAACACAACAUACUGACGGCCAUGCGACAUCCGAAAGCUGUGGCAUUUGGUGAGAUGGGGCUGGAUUACUCACACAAAAACUCAACUAACACCUCCAGGCAAAAAGAGGUGUUUGAACGUCAGCUCCGUUUGGCUGUGGCCAUGCAGAAGCCUCUUGUGAUCCACUGCAGAGACGCAGAUGAUGAUUUAUUGGAAAUCAUGAAGAAGUGUGUUCCCAGGGAAUACAAAAUUCACAGGCAUUGUUUCACAAACAGUUAUCCAGUCAUUGAGCCCUUCCUGACAGAGUUCCCCAACUUGUAUGUGGGCUUCACAGCCUUGAUCACCUACUCCAGGGCCACUGAGGCCCGAGAUGCUGUCCGCAAGAUCCCUCUUAACCGUAUUGUGUUGGAGACAGAUGCACCUUAUUUCCUGCCAAGACAGGUGAGUAAAGAUGUCUGCCGGUUUUCACAUCCUGGAAUGGGCAUCCACACUCUGCAGGAGCUGAGCCUGCUUAAGGGAGAGGACAUGGCCACUGUCCUCACCACCGUCCGAAACAACACCACCCAACUCUAUGGAAUAUGAUCUGCAGAGAUGAUGGAUCAAAAAACUAUCCAGCAAGAAAAGACAGAGUGAGAGUUUCUGGAGCUUGUUUGUGACACAUAAAUAUUUUAUAUGGCUUUUUGUUAGAUGUUAGUUGUUAAUCCUCUGUGUGGUGAUGUUGUACAGAGAAGCAUUCUCAUUUUAAACAACCUGAAAGAUUCACAAAUUGAUCUUUCACCUAAUAAAAGGCAAAAAAAAAAACUUGACUGAAAUGAACAUACAUUAUUGUUUAUCUAGUCAUUUUUCAUCAUCAAAAUGAUUUUCUAAGACAUUCUAGUUUUAAGUUAUUGUUCUCGCUGUGUUGCCUUGCCUUGUUCUAAUUUGUCUGUGUGUUUGCCUUGUCUGGCCACUGUGUAGUCUAGUUUGGUUUAAUACAGUGCAGAUGUAUUAAAAAGCCUUCAAUUC